AUGUAUCAUACUUUGAUUCACAAUGCCUGCAAUUCAUCGAAUAUAGAAGUACUUGCAUUUUUGGAGGAACUACGUUUACCUUUUGAAUUCAUUUCUUUUUGGUGUGAUCGACUACUGGCACAAGCAGCAUGUACUGGUAAUCUUGAAGUGAUAAAGUUCUUUUGCGAGAGAAGAUAUGUAUCUAACAUCACACAUCUAAUGAACCUAUCAAUUGGCAAAGGGUAUCUUAAUAUUAUCAAAUGGGUUUGUGAAGAAGAACCACCGGCAACAAUGACUUGGAGCUUAAACAUGGUGUUAUUCGAAGCAGCAUCAAAUGAAAAGGUGGAUGCUGUUAAAUAUCUAUUGGAAUACAUCAACAACAACCAUGGUAACAAAGAAACUAUCAAACUAUCGAAAUGGAUGUUUCAGUUAAAAAACUUUGAAAUCUUCAAAUUACUUUAUUUACAUACAACCAAAGGUCAUGGAAGAUGUUCACAACAAAUGUUGAGAUUGGUUAUUGGAUAUCAGAGACUAGAUAUUAUUGAAUUACUAUAUGAAAACAAUAAGAAUCCUAUGUCAGAUCCUUUCAAACGUUAUAAACCAAAUCUAUUCUAUCAUAUCAUUGUAUCAAAGAAUUUAGAGAUAUUACAGUUCUUUAUCAAAGUCAGAGAUCAAAUUUGUUAUUACUCAUUGAUGAUCAUGGCACUCAAACUAAAUCGAUUCUCGAUGUUAUCAUAUAUCUACUCACAAAGAAACAACAAUAAUCGUAAACAAUAUACUGAUACAGAAAUCAUUCAUUUUAAAGAUAAAUUAGUAUUGGAAAUUCAACAACAAAAAGACAAAUUAAACAAAUCAGAAGAUGUUCUAUAUUUAGAGGAGUUAUUUGAUGAAAUUGCCAAGUCAUUCAACUGA